ACGAAACCUCACUUGACAUUUCGUUCGUCGUUUGCUUGCUUUAUUUGAUCGCUUCCAUCAAAUCAUUUUUGAUUACUCACUGUAAUUUGUAAUUGUGUUAUAUCUUACUUUCAACUAAACUAUUAAAGAUGUUCCUUACCCGAUCUGAGUAUGACCGCGGUGUCAACACCUUCAGUCCCGAGGGAAGGCUGUUCCAAGUGGAAUAUGCCAUUGAAGCUAUUAAAUUGGGGUCGACUGCGAUAGGAAUUUGCACUUCGGAAGGUGUUGUCCUGGCUGUUGAGAAGCGUAUCACGUCUCCCCUUAUGGAGCCGACGACUAUUGAAAAGAUCGUGGAAGUUGAUCGCCACAUCGCUUGCGCAGUCUCAGGCCUGAUGGCUGAUUCCAGAACACUAGUGGAGCGUGCGCGUGUAGAGUGCCUGAACCACUGGUUUGUGUACAACGAGCGCAUGAGCGUAGAGUCGUGUGCGCAGGCGGUGUCCAACCUCGCCAUCCAGUUUGGUGACAGUGAUGACGACAGUGGCACUGCCAUGUCCAGGCCUUUUGGUGUUGCAGUUAUGUUUGCAGGUAUUGAUGAGAAGGGUCCCCAACUGUUCCACAUGGACCCCAGUGGCACAUUUGUGCAGUAUGACGCUAAAGCUAUUGGUUCCGGCAGUGAAGGUGCUCAGCAGAGUUUGAAGGAAGUAUACCACAAGUCCAUGACCCUGAAGGAGGCCAUCAAGUCCGCCCUCACCAUCCUCAAGCAGGUGAUGGAGGAGAAGCUCUCCGAGAGCAACGUGGAGGUGGUCACCAUGACGCCCGACGGCAUGUUCCACAUGUACUCCCGGGAGCAGCUCGCCGAGGUUAUUAAGGACAUACCUUAAGUAGAUAGGUGGUUGGUGGUGUGGUCGGGCCUUUAUUUGAACGUAUAUUUUUAUAGUCUGUUCUUUUAAGUAUUUAUUUCAGAAUGUAAACAAAUAACAUGUGAUUCGGUCAUUUAACCCUGUGAAUGCCACGCCAGUCGUGCGCGGCGCGUCAUCGUGAACCUUGUUGGAAUACACGGAGAUCGCUGUUGAGCAGGGAUAUAACCGCGAAAAUCGAAGUUCGCAAAUUGCGGGGAUUUAUCUCUGUCACUCUAAUUACGCCUUCGUUGGAGUAAAAGAGGAAGAUCCCCGCAAUAUGCGAAUUUCGGUAGCCGCUCUGUAGCCGCGCGGUUUGGCGGUUAACCAAUGCCAUCAACAUUUUGUAUUUUAGGCGAAUGACCGCGUCGCUUAUUGUUUACAUUCUUUAAAAUAUUUAAAAGAACAGAUGAAAUAUUUGUAUAUUUUCUUCACGUGAAGACAUUACGGAUGCUAUUGAAUAGUAUGAGUAAAUAUUUCAAAAUGAAACUGGAAUGAAAAUAAAAUGAUUGGAAAAAUUAUUGGGCAAAAGGAUUUAAAAUUGAUCGAUCGGAAAUCCUUUAUAAACUGUAUAAAAUCUCUGAAAUAAUGGCCACACCAAAAACCAGUGUAUUGUAAUUAGAAGUAAUAUUUGAAGUAAAUUGUAUUUUAGUAGCUAUCAAACUAUAUGUUGAUUGUUUAUAAAAAUAUAUUCUU